CGGUGCGCGUCGCACGCGCUUCCGGCCCGGCCGUUAGAGGGCGGAGCUUCCGCCUGGACGGGGGUGGGCGAGUUCACYUGCUGCGCCGGAGUAACUUUUCUGUAGUUGUUGUCCAGCUGUAGUCACGUGAAAGUGUGGCGUCGAGAGAGUUUUCUGUUUCUCUUUGCCAAGUCAUCUUCUCUGCGGUCGUACAAGCGGUGACUCCGUCAUGCCGAACUCGAGGUCCAGGCCUCGCCGGGGCGCCGGGAAUGGCUCCGGGGCUGCCGGCCGGGACGAGUUGGUGUCGCGGUCCUUGCAGAGCGCUGAGCAUUGUCUGAGUGCCCAGGACUUCGGCACUGCUUAUGCCCACUACCUCCUGGUGCUCAGCCUGGCGCCGGAGCUGAAAGACGACGUGAAGGAAACUUUUCAGUAUACGCUCUUGAAAUGGGCUGAAGAGCUUGAUGCACUCAGUCGAACACAAGACUUACUUGGUUGCUAUGAGCAGGCCUUGGAACUCUUUCCUGAUGAUGAAGUAAUUUGCAAUAGUAUGGGGGAACAUCUCUUCAGAAUGGGCUUUAGAGAUGAAGCAGCUGGAUAUUUUCAUAAAGCAGUGAAGCUAAACCCUGAUUUCAGUGAUGCAAAGGAGAAUUUUUAUCGUGUUGCAAACUGGCUGGUGGAACGCUGGCACUUUAUCAUGCUUAAUGACACCAAAAGGAAUAUGAUUUAUAAUGCAGCGAUCCAAAAGGCGGUAUGCUCAGGGUUCAAAAGUGUUUUGGACAUUGGAGCGGGAACUGGAAUUCUGAGCAUGUUUGCUAAAAAGGCUGGAGCACAGUCUGUGUAUGCCUGUGAAUUAUCUAAAACCAUGUAUGAACUUGCCUGUGAUGUAGUGGCUGCAAACAAGAUGGAAGCAGGAAUAAAACUUCUACACAUGAAGUCACUUGACUUAGAAAUUCCAAAACACAUUCCUGAAAGAGUGUCCCUAGUUGUAACCGAAACUGUCGAUGCAGGUUUAUUUGGAGAAGGAAUUGUGGAGAGUUUGAUUCAUGCUUGGGAGCAUUUACUUUUGCAGCCAAAGACCAAAGGUGAAAAUGGUAAUUGUAAUAAGUAUGGGAAAGUUAUACCAGCAAGUGCUGUCAUAUAUGGGAUGGCAGUAGAAUGUGCAGAGAUAAGAAGACAUCAUAGAGUGGGCCUUAAGGAUAUUGUUGGUAUCCAUUUGCCAAAAAAUGUGAAAUUUCAGAGUCCAGCUUAUUCUUAUAUAGAUAAUGAAGAAACAGUUGAACCGUAUACAACUGAAAAGAUGAGUCGAGUUCCUGGAGGAUAUUUGGCUUUGACAGAGUGUUUUGAAAUUAUGAAAGUAGAUUUUAACAAUCUUCAGGAAUUAAAAAGUCUUGCAACUAAAAAACCUGACUCAAUUACUAUUCCUGUUGUUAAAGAAGGCACAUUAGAUGCUGUUGUGGUUUGGUUUGUGCUUCAGCUCGAUGAUGAACACAGUUUAUCCACAAGUCCUAGUGAGGAAACGUGUUGGGAACAGGCUGUUUACCCUGUGCAGGACCUUCCAGACUACUGGAUGAAGCCCGGAGAUCAUGUGACAAUGGAAGUAUCUUGUCAAGACUGUUACCUAAGAAUCCAAAGUAUCAGUGUUUUGAGUUUGGAACAAGAAAUGGAAGUUACAAAAAGUUUCACUAAGGAUACAGACUUACUAUCUUUGGGAAAUGAGGCUGAACUCUGUAGUGCCCUGGCUAACCUUCAGACCAGCAAGCCAGAUGCUGGAGAGCAAAUAUGUGUACUGGAAUCCACAGAAAUUGCUUUGCUUAAUAACAUGCCAUAUCACGAAGGCUUUAAAAUGGCAAUGAAGAAGGUAUUCUCUUCAUUGACUCCAGAAAAACUAUGUCAGGUGAUGGAUCCUCACUGUGAGGAUAAUGAAAUGAGCUCAGGAACUGGAAGGCAAAACACUGUGCAGAGCACCUCCGAACCUUUAUAUGUGUUAGAUGUGUCUGAGGGCUUCUCUAUUCUGCCUAUAAUUGCUGGUACACUCGGGCGGGUUAAGCCUUACAGUUCUGUGGAAAAAGACCAGCAUCGUAUUGCUCUGGACCUCAUAUCUGAAGCCAAUCACUUUCCUAAAGAAACACUUGAGUUUUGGCUGAGACAUGUGGAGGAUGAAUCUGCUGUGUUGCAAAGGCCCAAAUCAGACAAGUUGUGGAGCAUAAUCAUACUGGAUGUCAUCGAGCCAUCUGGGCUCAUUCAGCAAGAAAUAAUGGAAAAAGCUGCAAUAUCGAGGUGUUUACUACAGUCUGGAGGCAAGAUCUUUCCUCAGUAUGUGCUAAUGUUUGGGCUGCUGGUUGAAUCACAAACACUGGUAGAAGAGAAUGCUGUUCAAGGACUAGAACGCACCCUUGGGUUAAAUAUAGCACCUUUUAUUAACCAGUUUCAGGUGCCUAUCCGUGUAUUUUUGGACCUGUCUUCAUUGCCCUGUACACCUUUAAGCAAGCCAGUGGAACUCUUAAGACUAGAUUUAAUGACUCCGUAUUUGAACACCUCCAACAGAGAAGUGAAGGUACACAUUUGUAAAUCUGGACAAGUGACUGCUAUUCCGUUUUGGUACCAUAUGUACCUUGAUGAAGAGAUUCGGUUGGAUACUUCAAGUGAAGCCUCCCACUGGAAACAGGCCGCAGUUGUGUUAGAUACUCCCAUCCAGGUUGAAAUGGGAGAGGAACUUGUUCUUAGUGUUGAGCACCACAAAAGCAACGUCAGCAUCACAGUGAAACAAUGAGGAGCGGUUUUCUAAUGAAAACUGUUAGAGCAUCAGCUGCAAAGUUCUUGUCUGAAUUAGUGGGAUUGUAAUCAUAAAAUGGGUACAUAAAAUUUAAUGCCUUGUAAUUUAAAAAUAUAACAUUAAUAAAGUACAUUUAAAAGAU